AUGGAUGCACUGUUUCCUCCCCUCUCUCUCAAAUCCGCACCUGCAAAUCGUCUCAUAUCAAUUGCAACAAACGCAAUUCAUCCCGCUUUUUUAUCCUUCGAAACAGUAAAUCACAUGCAACAUAUAGAGGCUGAGAAAGACUUGGGAAAAGAGGAGAAGAAGAGAGAGAAAUUGAAAGAUAAGCCCGGGAUUGCGGGUACCUUUCAACUUUUUGAUCGCUUCUUCUUCGUCAUGUAUGUAUCUCCUCUGUACUUGAUGAACAGGUGCUGCCUCGUGUCAUUGGAUGUGUGA